GUCUUACGGCGAAGUGUUUGAGUGUGUACUGCUGUGGUGCACACCAACACGAUGCUGACCGCCUUGCUUGCCGCCACGCUAGUGCUGGCGGCUUCUUCUCCCGCGGAGGCUUUCCUGCCACCAAGAUGCCCACGCCUUGCGGCCAAUCAUGCAGGAACAAGAGCUCCUAAGGCCGGCCAGGUGCCGUGCCCGAUGUCGAUGACCACGGGGCCGUCCCCUCUCCUAGAGGCAGCAGAGGCAGUACGAUCCGGGCGCAUCUCCUCGGAGGAGCUGGUAACCCAGGCUUUGAAAAGGCUAGAGGAGGUCGAGGGAGAUGUGGGUGCCUUUCUGAGUGUGCAGGGCCGCGCGGCAGUGGACACGGCUAGGUCAAUAGACCGGAAGGUAGCCGAAGGGUGCAAAGAGACGCUGGCGCUCCCACUGCUCGGUGUGCCCUUGGGCGUGAAGGACAACCUGUGCACCGCUGGAGUUCCAACGACAGCGGCGAGUCGGAUACUGGAAGGAUACCGACCUUCGUACGACGCCUCUGCCGUGUCCAAGCUCAAGCUAGCGGGCGGGAUCGCGCUUGGCAAGACGAACAUGGACGAGUACGGCAUGGGAUCGACGACGGAGACGUCGGCCUUCCAGGUCACGAGAAACCCGAGGAACAUCGACCAUGCGCCCGGGGGCUCGUCAGGCGGCUCCGCGGCGGCAGUAGCGGCGGGUGUUGUGACGGGGGCCCUUGGUACGGACACCGGGGGCUCCGUGCGACAGCCGGCUUCCUGGUGCGGCGUCGUUGGGCUCAAACCUACGUACGGACGUCUCAGCAGGAAGGGGUUGAUCGCGUAUGCGUCUUCGACGGACUGCAUCGGCCCCAUUGCGUCGUCAGUAGCCGAUUGUGCCGCUCUGUUGGGUGCGGUAGCUGGGGAGGACAGGGCGGGAGACUCGACUUCCCUUCAACAGCCUGUGCCGGACUACACCGCACUGCUCAAGGAGUCCGCGGCGUCUGGUGGCUCACGGCCAUUGGAAGGAAUCAAGAUGGGGGUGAUUCGGGAGGCGCUAGUGGAGCGAGUCCAGCCGGACGUUGCCGCAGCUGUGAAAGAGGCCAUCGACACGAUGGCGUCCCUCGGUGCAGAUGUGACCGAGGUAUCCCUCCCGUCCCUCCCGGAGCAAUGCGCCGCGUACUACGUAACCGCCCUGUCGGAGGCGUCGGCAAACCUUGCCAGAUUUGACGGGAUACGAUACGGGCAACGCAACUCCGAGGCAACUUCUUCCAAGGAAGCGAUGCUCAAGAGCAGACACGACGGCUUCGGGGCAGAGGUUCGACAACGGAUUAUUCUAGGAACUUUCUCCCUGUCUUCUGGGUAUUCGGACAAGUACUACAAGCGGGCGCAGGCGAUUCGCGAGGGGCUUUCCCGUGAUUUUUCCACGGUUUUCGAGAAGCUGGACGUCCUUGUUUGUCCCACCGCGCCCACCACCGCGUACCGGCUGGGGGAGUACGCCGAGAAGGGCGUGGGUGUUUACGCCGACGACGUUUUCACGACCCCAGCGUCUCUCGCGGGGCUCCCCGGGUUGAGCGUGCCUUGCGGGCAGGACCGAGCUGGCCUGCCGAUAGGCGUUCAGUUAAUGGGAAAACCAUUGUCAGAAGAUUUGCUCCUUAGGGUGGGGCAAGCGUACGAGUCCGCAACACCUUGGCAUCGACAAUUCGCGCCUGGAGUGUCUGCUUCUUCUCCGGCCGCGGCAGUGCCAGCGGGGGCAGCGUAGACAGGGAGUGCCCAGGGUUUGACCCAUUAACGAGCGUUUUUUUGCUGAGGUUAUGACCUGAGAACAAUCAAUCGGUUCUCGUGGGAUGCUCUGUGGUUUUGAAGAGUCGAACAUAGUUUUAAAUAGGUGGCAGCAGCGAGCCUCCUUCACGUCGUCGGUAUUGAUAUUUUGGGGGUUUUAGGGGUUUCGACAGACAGGUGGAUAUUGUAUGAAUAUGAUGCAGCCGGAAGUAAGAAUGAAGCUUAUCUUGCGUGUUGUGUCUGUCAGGAGUACCGAUGGGCUCAACCUUCAACUCUCCUGAAUGAUCAUGUCGUUCGGGCCCUUCGCAGCCACAUGUUGAGGCGCCGUCACCAUUCACAAGGUACAUGACAUGACAUGUGUUAUCAUCACAUCCGUGGUAGCCCCAGCUGGAGGUAGACUGAUGUGAUCUCCUGCCCCACUUGCGACCGGUUAGUGACCAACUCUGAGUGUAGCGCAUGAGGCGACCUCGAUAUGAGCGGCAGAAUUUUGGGUAGAAAUGGGUCCGCGACCUACUUCUGACAGCAGUUUGUGCUGGUAAGAGAGCAGGACCAUGGUCUGCUGAGAACGCGGCCAACCACCACCGUGCGCCCCACCAAAAAAUACGUUCCCAAGGCCACACGAACGGAACCGUAGCAACAACACACGCCCUUGAGAGAGCAGCCGUUAGACUGCUGUGUGGUAGCAACAGAGUAGAGAGCAACACUACCCACGCGUGAACGAAAAAACAUGCGCGUUUUUCGGCCCGUUUUGUCCCAUCCCGGCCGUUUGGCGGGCAUUCCACAUCCCCUCCAAGAGGCGUUCACGGUUCAACGGACUGCCCCCGCAGCACACGUCCGAGCGGAAAGUAGAAGAGCCCAGUAUACACUGUACAUCACAGCUAACGCGCGCAUCAGGGCGAGAGAGGCAAACAAGAACUCUCCCGGGGUCGUGAGCACGUGAGCACUGGAGACGUGAUAAAGGAAAUACUAACGCAGCUUCAGCGGCACGAAGGGACUCGUUUCCGGUGUAGAGUAGGGGCGUUGCCAUGUCGGAGACUACCCUUCAAAAGGUAGAGAUUGAGGUGCAGAGGCUUACGACGGAGUUGGAGAGCCUGGAGCGAGCUCAGAUGUAUUCAGCGGCCUUCGAUAACCUGUUGGGGUACGUGAGCGAAACCCCCGAACCGUUCUCGUCCGCGCCACCGGAGCCUAACUCCUGGCAUGCGAACGUCGGAAGCGCCGGUGGCUGUUGCUCGGUGUCGUGAUUGGAGGCCACCUCACAAACCACGUUGGCGAGGGGGUCGUGAGUACAGGCCUAUGGGGGCUACGCGGCAGUGGUCUACGCAGCAACAUUGAUUAAGCAAACAUAUGGGAUAUAACCUGUUGGGGUACGUGAGCGAAUCCCCAGAACCGUUCUCGUCCGCGCCACCGGAGCCUUACUCCUGGCAUGCGAAUGUCGGAAGCGCCGGUGACUGUUGCUCGGUGUCGUGAUUGGAGGCCACCUCACAAACCACGUUGGCGAGGGGGUCGUGAGUACAGGCCUAUGGCGGCUACGCGGCAGUAGUCUACGCAGCAACAUUGAUUAAGCAAACAUAUGGGAUAAAGUAUUCAAUCCGUGCUUUAGGGUUAGGGUUAGGGAUAGGGAUAGGGUCCUGCGUCCCCCCCCCAUUCUUAGAUACUCUUAAAAUCCUGCGUAGACGGUCUCUACGGGUGGAUGAAAGAAUCGCCGGAAGCUCCGUUGGAAUUGCCGGCCGCUCCACGUCCGUUUGGUCACAUUUUUGUGUCAAGGACGACCUAUGUGCUUUUUUUUUUGCCGUGCUAGUGUUGGGCAGCUAGGCAGGAGGAGGUUUGGCGCGGGAUUUCACCGAUCGAAGGAGCCGGCAGAAAAGAAAGUUGAUGGUGAGAAGAAGACCGUCAAGUCAAGUCACACAAGGCGAGCGCGUAUCUGUGCUGGCUCACGUAGCCAGGCUGGUUAUAACGGCGGCGUUUGAAGGAUGAACGGGGUGGUGGUGGUAUGUCCUUUUAGCCAACGAUGCGUUUGUGCAUUGACGCCAGGUGUAGGAAGGUUCUGUGUUGGGUGUUUCUUGUUUUUAGCUUCGCGCACAGUAAGUCACGGCUCUCGUAUCCGCCCCCGAGGUGAGGACCCAAAAGAGGCCUCGUUGCCUUUUUGUAUGUUUUACUUUGAACCGAAGAGUCAUGAGUUUCGGUGGCGCUUUUUCUCCACGCACGCCUUUAUUUUGUGUUGCUGUUAUUCUCCCACCGAGAGGGAGGGGGCGAGUGAAGGGGGAGACGAGGUUGGGUUCGGGCGGGCCCAGAGGCAGGGGCACACCACAGACUGCAAGUUUCCAGAGGUCAAUGAUUGAUGUCGGAUGUUGAGGGUUGACCUGUUGCGUGCUUGGGACGGAAUAUAGAGAAAAGAAAUACUGAGGAGCGCAGCUUCGCGAUUUUCGUUUCGUAAGCUGUCGAAGUUAUGUGUUUGGUUGGCAGGGAAACGUCUUGUGUUAGCCGGGCGUGUGUGUGUUAUCAUUCUCCACCCGAUGGUGAUAGGACAGCCGCCAGGAGCAGCGUACAUUAACGCAUGUUGUGUUCGUUAUGUUCGAUUUUCGUUCUUUUUUCAAGGGGGGGUCUUCUCGCUGUAAAAGGAAGUUAUUCAGAAACAUUUUCUUUUUUCGCUCCUCUGCGGUUCAGCUUCGUUUUGGGAAGCACGUUGAAAGCAACAGCUAGAGGAAUGCCUCUCGUACGCGUAUCAUACGGAAACUACAGCGCAAGCUACAAUCGUAGUUUGAGGCAUUGCAUCUCUGAUAUCACGCGAUGUCGGUGACUCGUGUGUUUCCACCGAAGGCGGUCGUCUGUGGAUUGACCAGACUAACCAGGCUGCUAUUGAGUUGAUCCGACGCUUUGUGCCAGCAACGGGGAAACCGAGUGAGGAUGACUUGGACGAGAAGGAAGCUUCGCCCAAUGAGCACAAGGCCGUGCUCACGGUGUUCUCCCACCACAACAGAGUUCCCUCGCGGGUAAUGUAUGUGUUCCUUUUUGCUUCAUCGCUGAGUUUGACGAGGUGAGCGUUAGGAGCUGUGGCAUGGCCGGAGAGCUCACGGCUGUCGCUGAAUCUUGCUCUAGGUAGUGUAUAGUCCUUGGUGAAGUCGUAGGGGCUGGGUGGUUGUGGCGUCUGGGGCUGCGCGGGCCCGAGUUGAGUGCGCGUUUGGGAAAGCCCAGCCGUUGUGUUAGAACCACCCAGUUUCUCGCUCUGGCCCGACGUAGGGACGCACGGCUUUGUUUCGUCCAGCUGGUUGACCGCGACUUGUGUGCCGUUGCCU